AUGGAGACGGCUACGAAAGCUCUUCGUCUGGAGUUCGAGCAAGCACGUACAGAACUGGAAUGCAUAGAAGCUAAGCUAGAAGCAGAGUUCAAACGAAUGUAUGAAAUUGAACGACGUGCAACCACUAAUCCUUAUGAAGUAAUUACACGACUGAAGAAACUGAAACAGGAACUUGAGACGUUAAAGCAUGAUAAUGAGCUUGUCACGGUGGCCAAGCAGGAAUUCAUUCACGAAACUGAAGCACAACUUGCAAAAAAUCAUGAUUUACUGGUGGACUUGCAAAAUAAAGCAUCAAUUAAACGGGACCCCGAUCUUUCCCAUACUUUGGAGAAAUUUACUACCCUAUCCGGAAAUUGGCAAAAUGAUAUCAAGGCUAGUUAUUAA